AUGCCGUUACGCCCGCCGUCGCCCACAGCUGGCCGAGAGUCCGAGCACUGGACCUUUGUCACGCACAAAAAGACCAGCAAGACCUGCAAGAACCGCCGCGCCGCCACCCGACCCGGAGCCCUGUCCCGUCUACCGCAUCCACAUCCUCCUCCUCAUCAGCCGCUCCGCUCGCCACCGGCCAUCGCCGCCGAGUACCGCCGCAUCCGCUCCACCUGGGACUCCUCCUCGUCGCCCUGCUGCGCCGCCCUGCGGGUGCUCGCCGCCAAGUCAGCCGCUGCCGCCGCCCGCUGCGCCCCGGUCUCGCGCGCCGUGUGCCUCGGCAUCGGUUCCUUUGACCCCCCCGACGGCGGCUGGGAGGCCAGGCGCCGCACCUACCUCCAGCUCAUUGCCUUUCUAGUCAUGGUCGACGAGCUCGAAAAACACAUGGGCCGAACCAUCCCGUGCAUCUUCCAGGAACCCGUCUUCACCUCGGCGGACCGGGACUUCAUCGCCGGCCUGGGACACCACGUCGUCGACUCGCCCGAGGCAUGUGACCGCGUCACGCCAGACACCUUCCUCUUCGGCAUCCAUCUCUACCGCCCCAUCUACGCCAUGGCCCUGCGGAACCACUUGCCUGCUCUCUUCGUCGGCACGGGCUGGGACGUGUGGGAUCAGUUCUCGCUCUCGGAGUCACCCGACCUGCUCCACCUCGAAGAGAUGGAACGGACCUAUGCAAAGGCCGCCUUUCCUCAAGACUCGUCCAGCACCGCCUUUUCAAGCACGUCCGUCUACUGGCGUUCCGCUGCGUCCGCCCCCGCCCAGCCCGCAACGAGUCUAACAGACCAGACGAGCAAACACCACCAACACGACACCCUUCCACCCGAGACAAAGGCUGAGAGCGUCACUUGA